AUUGCAACAGUAAUGGGACAGCCUCUAUACGUCGAAAGUAUCAAAAGCAGUUAAAAGUUUAUUACGCUGUGUUACACUAAUAAAUACGGUAACAGUUUUUAAUAGCAACUCAACGUGCCAUGGUUACUGUGCUUUUAAACUAACCACAGUAGACCAUUCUUCGAAGUCAUUACGCAAACUACUUAUCGUUGCGUACUACGAAUCAAAUCCUGCGCAAGUUACUACAAAUGCGCGUUUGUAAGCUAGGAGUGUCAACGUAAUUGUCGUAUCUAGUUUUGAGAAUACUUUGUUUUAGUGGCAUCUUUCUAUUUACGCAAGUUUGGUGACAGAUUUUGUCACGUCGAAGCCGCGCUGCUUGCGUAAGUGCUGCCAAAGUUGAUUGAACAUAAACAGUAUGUAACGAGUUAAAUGGUUAACUGUCGGCAGUCGUUUCCUGAGAAGUAAACUAAGCUUCCUAUCUCCGCCCUGGCGUUGCUAACUUGAAACGCUGUCCAUGUCGGUAUUACGGUGCAUCGCAUUUUUGUCGAGAGAGUGUAUUUGUAACUGUAUGGGAAAAGGCAAUUAAACAUUAUUAUUAUGUCGAAGCGUUUGAGGAGCACAGACGUGUGCGCCGACUGCGGCGCUCCGGAUCCUCACUGGGCUUCAACAAAUCGGGGCACUUUGAUCUGUGAUGAAUGUUGCAGUGUGCAUCGAAGUCUUGGACGUCAUAUAUCACAAGUCAGACACCUAUCCCAUACAGCAUGGCCUCCCACAUUAUUGCAGAUGGUCCAGACAUUGUAUAGUAAUGGAGCCAACUCGAUAUGGGAACAUUGUUUGCUGGACCCAACAUCAGCAAUGAGCGUCAGACGCAAGGCAAAUCCUCAAGACAAAGUGCAUCCGAACAAAGCAGAGUUUAUCAGGGCGAAGUAUCAGAUGUUGGCAUUUGUCCAUCGUCUGCCAUGUCGAGAUGAUGAUAGUGUUACUGCUAAUGAUCUCAGUAAGCAAUUGCACUCUAGUGUGAGGACGGGAAACUUAGAGACAUGUUUACGACUGCUCUCAUUAGGUGCACAAGCCAACUUUUUCCACCCUGAAAAAGGAAGCACCCCCCUUCAUGUAGCAGCAAAGGCAGGGCAGGUUCUACAGGCAGAACUGCUAACAGUUUACGGUGCUGAUCCCGGGGCACCAGACUCAAGUGGAAAAACACCAGUUGAAUAUGCAAGGCAAGCUGGUCACAAUGACUUGGCAGAGAGACUUGUUGAAAUUCAGUAUGAACUUACUGACAGGCUGGCUUUUUACCUUUGUGGAAGAAAACCAGAUCACAAGAAUGGACAGCACUUUAUAAUACCACAGAUGGCAGACAGAAAUCUCAGCCUUGAUUUGUCUGAACUAGCAAAAUCAGCAAAAAAGAAGCUCCAGGCUCUGAGUAACCAUUUAUUUGAAGAACUUGCCAUGGAUGUGUAUGAUGAAGUAGACAGACGGGAGACCGAUGCAGUUUGGCUUGCAACUCAGAACCACAGCACACUGGUAACUGAAACGGUUGUUCCUUUCCUUCCUGUCAACCCUGAAUACUCCUCCACCAGAAACCAGGGAAGACAGAAACUUGCUCGAUUUAACGCCCAUGAAUUUGCUACACUUGUUAUUGACAUUCUGAGUGAUGCCAAGCGAAGACAAGGGGUCACUGUCAGCAGUCCAAAAGAGAAUGUAGAACUUGUACUGAAAAACAUUUCAAGGCAUGGCAGUGACAGCCAGGAUACUGAUCAACCAGACUAUGACAGUGUGGCUUCUGAUGACGACCUAGAUCUUGAGCCUUCAGUGAAGUCGGACAGAACAAAGAGCAUGGAUUCCGAUCUUUCUGAUGGACCAAUCACAGUACAGGAAUUUAUGGAGGUCAAAAAGGCAUUGCUGGCAUCCGAAUCAAAGGUUCAGCAACUCAUGAAAGUCAACAACAGCCUAAGUGAUGAACUGAGCCUAAUGCAGAAGAAGCUCCAAACGCUGCAGAGUGAGAAUACCAGCCUCAGACGGCAGUACCCCACCAAUAUUUAUCAGGUCCAGACUGGCUCUGAAUACAAUGACCCUUCCAACCCUUCUUCCCUAAAACGACGUCCAUCAGCAAGGACUAGCAGACCCAUGUCAAUGUAUGAGACUGGCUCAGGUCAGAAACCAUACCUCCCACUGAGUGAGGUGUCAUAUCCAGAAGAAAGUCGAACAAGACUACAGCCCUUUCCACAGCAAAUUGGGAGGAGUACAUUUGUGACUUCCUCUUCAUCUUUGCCUUCCUUCCCUUCCACGCUUUCCUGGUCACGGGAUGAGAAUACUACGCGAAGGACGUCAAAAAUUGACACCCAGAACAGCAUGCCUGACAGUGAUUAUGACAACACUUCAAAUGACUUUGAUCUGGAAGAUCUUGGAACUUUUCGAAUAGGCAAUCCAAAGACUACUGGAUGGCAAACUGAGGGAUCUAGUCCUACACUGGAUUCUAUUGGUUUGGAGCCCGAUUCAUCUGUGCCAAGCACUGAGGAUGUCAUUCGGAAAACAGAGCAAAUCACCAAAAAUAUUCAAGAGCUACUUCGAGCUGCACAGGAGAGCAAGCAGGACAGUUUUAUACCAUGUUCCGAAAGAAUACAUGCUGCAGUGACAGAAAUGGCUACUUUAUUUCCAAAAAAACCAAAAUUGGAGACUGUCAGAGCAUCGCUAAGGCUUCUCACGUCUAGUGCAUACAGGCUUCAGUCAGAGUGCAAAAAGACACUUCCUGUAGAUUCUGGUCCUCCAGCAGACAUACAGCUAGUGACUCAACAAGUUAUUCAGUGUGCAUACGACAUUGCCAAAGCUGCCAAGCAGUUAGUGACAAUAACAACCAAAGAAAAUAGUAAUUGAUAUCUGACUGGUUUAUUGACAAACGUUGACAUUCAUUUUGUUAUAUUUUUAAUACCGUAUAUAUACUGACUUGUGUCAGAUAUUUUGUUUUUAUUUUUUUAUCAGUGGUGCCAGUAGCUUUUUCCAAAGUUGCUUUCAUUCCUGAAUGUUUAGUAACAUUUGAGUCUGUUACAGCCAUUUAAACAAACUAUGUGAUUAAGUAAUGUGGUACCUAUUUAAAUGUUACAGUUUUCUAUAUUUAGAAACUUCUAGGCAUUAUAGUUUGGUUAUACAAACCCUAGUAUUUUCGUGAAGUGUGAUAUUGUGGUGUUUCCAUUUAUUAUAGUAUAAAUGUGUAGAGGCUUGAAAACAGUUUGUGUUAGGCCAACUGUGUGGCUUAGAGGAGGAGAAGCCCUGACAAUAACGCAUAAAUCCAGAGGUCAUCUAGCUUCUUGGAUGCCUGCAGGAGCUGACAAGGGAGGAUGGCAGUGAUCAGAGGAAGGUUGCUCUGUUUCAUCACUUGAGUGAUACUUAGUGGUGUACUACAAGUGAUACUUAGUGGUGUACUACAUGUAAACAAGCUUGUGAGCACAUAGCUUCCAAACAUGGAAGCCAAGAGAGCAUGUGGAUCAUAGCACAGUAGCAGAUCUAACCAACAAAAGGUGCCACCCUCUGUAGCCACCUCAGUCCAGUAAGCUGGCCUGCUCCUUAGCACCCAGCUCUCACCAUAAGGGGGAAAUAAAUGGGCUAACAUUCAGGAACAAAUGAGUUGUACGACUCUUACCUGACUCUUGACCCCCUUCCUUCCCAGAAGGAAUAAAUGGCCGACUGAGUGAAGGUGCCAUAGCCAACAAGCAAGCCUGCUGGGGGAAAAAAAACUGUUUACAAUUACAGUGUGGUAGCCAUGUUACAAAAUGUAAUCUGAAAAUUUCAACGCUCUGCAAACCUUUGCACAGCUAAAAACUAGAACACAGAAUAAGAUAAAACUCAAAUGUUUAAUGCACAAUGAGGGUUUGUCUUCUAAGAUUCCAAGACUUUUUCAGAUUGCAACAAGACUGCAGAAAAUAAAUCAAACUGAUAAGUGUAAAUCUCAGAGUUCAAAAUAUUUGGUUUGAUUUCCCCAGUCUAUAUAUGGAAAAUAUUUCUUUAUUUGUAUUACAGUCUGAAAAUGUCUUGGAACCUGAGACGAUGAACACUGUUACUGCACAUUAAAUGGUUUUAGUAUUAAACUUAUUCCAUGUUCUGCAUCUUAUUUUGCAUUAAAAGACAUACUGGUGUGUUAUGUAUGCCUUUGCUUAAUGGCUAAAGUCAGUUUAGGUUUAACUUGUUGCUUGGCAUGGGUUAUGCUUUCACGGUAUAACUUUAUCAUAUGAGUAGGCUAUCUGCGUUGUGCGAUUAAGGGAAAUUGGAGUGAACCAAGUUGUAUGAUAAGCAUAUUCUCCAGUGCCUCACCAAACACAAAAAUAUCCUUUGUUUUCUUGAAUCCUUUCUGCCAAGCAAUGUAUAGGGAUUUUACUCUCUUGACAAGCCUUUCCUCUUGCUACACCACGGCCUUUUCCCUUUCUUCUUAGGUAUGUGUUACUGCACUCAUCCAGGCAUAAUCUAGAGCAUUUUGAGAGACUCUGGGAGUAGUGAGUUAGUGUCUUAUCAAACAGGCAAGAUUUUCUUUUCUUGUGAAGAGGGGAUCGGAUGCUGAAAUUGAAGUGUUGAUACUACAAAUUGUUACACCUGGAUGUGGAGUCUGAUGCAGUCUUUCAUGUAUGCAUACCUUACUGGAUGGAAGAUUGUAGAUGGCCAGCUACAAUAUUUCAGCUUAGAGAAAAGAAUUGCCACUGGGUGUCAGUCUUCCUAAAAAAAUAUUCAUGCUGGCAGUCCCAUACCCAGGAAAUUUGAAUGCUGAAUUAGUUGUAGACAGAUGUUUGAUCAAGGGUGCAUUUCAAAUAAAUGUGUUAAUGAUUAUAACCAAUAAAUAAAACAGUCCAAAUAUAUUUAUUGUCUUAUUAGGCAAAGUUAUGAAAGUGAAGUUAUUUUCUAGAAAUAAUUUGGGGUAGAUUAUUGUUUUGCUUUACUCCUUGUGAAAUAACAGUCAUUUAUGUAUUUAAUUUUGUUUACUGAGGUAGAGCAGCAAUCAAAUGUGACCAUUUGCAGGCUCAACCCAGAUUACGUACAUAGCAACAACAGUAAAUUAAGAUUAAAGGUAUAAAUAAAUUAUACAAUGUUGUGACGUAUCUUAACAUAGAUAUCAAAAACUAUACACAUAUUUAAAGAAGGUUUUGGGUGGCUGUGGUGGUUAGUGUUGUCACCUCACAACAAGAAAUUCCCCAGUUCGAUUCUCAGCUGG